ACUUUGUGGUCAUCGGUUUCCGCAGCGGGCAAAGCAAAGGAGCGCACAUGAAGAGGGCGCGUGGCGUCCUGACGCCUCUCCGAGAGGGCAGCAGAGCAGUGAUGCCGGAGCAGUCUAUAUAAGAGCUUCCAGGAUGCCACAUACCGGUUAUUCACGCGUUUGCUGCCAGCGCUUUCCAAGACAUUGCCUCUGCCCGCACCGUAUGCACCGCCAGUUCUCCGCUUUCACGUGUAGCUCUACCCACGCUUUCCAACAGCUCAGCUCAACAUUUCUCGCGGAUUAAUUUUCCUCUCUCCCGACUUGCAAUAUGCACAUUAGCCAAUAAGGAUUUCAACACAAAAACUUUGUAAAAGAAGAGUCCCAGGGCGCACGGGAUGCUCCGCAGCGCAGGCAGCGAGUUUAACGCUGACUAGUGAGCGCGCGCUGUGCAGGAGGAACUCCGCGUGAAGUUGGGAGUGUGAGAAACAACAAAAACAGGAUUUCCCCCUCGGUUAGUGUGGCAUACACUCUGGGUAUAGACCAUGGAUACUUUAAGUCUGUCAGUGAACGCUGUGUCCUACACUGCAGCGGCUGAACUCUUCACUCCCGAUGACCCGUUUAAAGGACCCAUCAGGAACAUCGCGCCGUGGAACUUCACUUUCCUGGCUGUGUUCAUGUUCUUCGUCACCUCCGUGUCUCUGAGCGAAAACUUCCUCGUCAUGUUGGUCACUUUCAAGUACAAACAGCUCCGACAGCCCCUGAACUAUAUUAUAGUUAAUUUGGCAAUCGCUGAUUUUUUGGUCUCCCUCACCGGUGGAGUAAUAAGUUUCCUGACAAACUCCAGGGGUUAUUUCUUUCUUGGGAGGUGGGCUUGCGUCUUGGAGGGGUUUGCUGUCACUUUUUUCGGGAUUGUGGCCAUGUGGUCCCUCUCUGUUCUGUCCUUCGAACGAUUCUUCGUGGUCUGCCGACCUUUGGGAAACAUCCGACUGCAAACGAAGCAUGCGGUCCUGGGUCUGGUGUUUGUCUGGACCUUCUCCUUCAUCUGCACCAUCCCUCCAGUGCUAGGCUGGAACAGUUACACUACAAGCAAGAUCGGAACCACCUGUGAGCCUAACUGGUAUUCAACCAGCAUGGUCGAUCACAGCUACAUCAUCGUUUUCUUCAUCACCUGUUUCAUUGUGCCUCUCGGGGUAAUAUUCUUCUGCUAUGGAAAGCUCCUGCAGAAGCUCAGGAAGGUAGCUCACGGUCGUGUGGCUGGCGCUAAGAAGCCGGAGAGGCAGGUGACCCGUAUGGUGGUUGUGAUGAUUGUGGCCUACAUGGUGGGGUGGACGCCGUAUGCAGCCUUCUCCAUACUGGUCACUAUUCAUCCAACCAUCAAACUUGACCCCGGGCUGGCUUCCAUACCUGCCUUCUUUUCCAAGACCACUGCUGCCUACAACCCAGUCAUCUAUGUCUUCAUGAAUAAACAGUUCAGGAAGUGCCUAAUCCAGCUCUUCACCGGCAAGGGGACAAUCCCAGACAGCAACCUGAACCAGACCUCAGAGCGACCUGGAAUCACUGUAGAGUGUCAAACAGGAGAAAUGUCAGCCAUUGCGGCCCGCAUACGUGGUAGUGGCUCUAUGUCACCUAAGUCGGAUGGUUCUCCAACUGAAUGUGGCUCAUUUGUCCACCUGCCCAUCCCAGAAAACAAAGUGUGUCCAAUGUAACGGUAAACUAAUCCCAAUAGGUGUUCUUUCACUAUCCGCUGACACCCGUAGUCCAUAAGAACCUUCUAUAAUUUAGAUGUACCAUAUACAUAUAUACAUACAUACUGUACAUACAUACAUACAUAUAUAACUUCUAGGGUGUCACAUUUGGGCACUUGAUUAGACUUGAUAGUGUUUGCCUUCAUAUCCCAAUGAAAAAAAGAGACAGCAAAAAACGCAAACCUUGACAUCAGUGAGUUGAGGGCAUCCAAUGCAUCCAGCCUUUUAUCUCGUCCUCCCCUUCUCCUUUGAAGCCCUGUGAUGGUGCCUGUUGAGAAAGCGUUGUUUUUCUAUGCUGUUUCAGUACUUUGCUUUGCCAGUGCAUCUUCAUUCGUCUCCGCUCGUCAAGAGGACGGAGCAGUCUUCUGAAUUUGGAUCCUUAUUAUUUACUUAGUUCAUAGUUUAUGUCAAAGCUUUCAUCUUUAUUGAGGAUGGCCAAUGGAACUUGGAGUUGCCAGUCUUCUGUUGCCUCUGCUGCAAAUGUAGGACAACAUACUGUACAUAUGAAGUGCUAACAAACACAAAAAUACACACAAGCAACACAUUUAUGCACACAUGCACACACACAGGUUGCAGUUCACUACUUGUAAUAUAAUAUUAUUAUAAUGCGCUCUCAAUAGGCGCUUUGAUGAUACAAUGCACCAAUACAUAACUUUAGCACAAGAGUGGCUUAGCUAACCAGCCAUGUACAAAAGCAAUGAGUAUUGUCGUCAUAAACACAGGUAAACAGCAAUAUCAAAGCUAAAUACUGUCACACAGUUGAACACUUCAGCGUUACUCUACAGUAGAUGUAGCAGUGAGUGUUAAAAUGUCUUCUACUUGACUUUGUGUUGCAUGUUUGUUCAAUAUUACUAGAUAUUUGUCAAAACACUGUUGUAUUCUCUUUGCUGCACAGUGAUUCACCAUGUUAAAAAUAGUAACAGUCUGGUGUCUGUUUGCAAUGUACGGUGUGUUCCAAUCAUGUUUGUCCAGUUUGUUAGGAGUAAAUUCUUGCUUCUUUAAAAAUCCUCACUGCCAAAUGAAUUCUGCUGCCUUGGUAUAAUUAGCAUAACAACAUGAGACCAUUCUAUUACAAUCCAAAUUUCUUGCAAAUGUGAAAAGUGGUUUACUUACUUACAUAGAUGGCCUCUUUUUGUGGUAAUUACAUCAAUGUCUCAACAUUCAGUACUUAAUGUAUUGAUGUUACAUUGUUCAAAUCAUAUCCUAGAUCUGUCACAAUUUGCUGAUACUGUUUGCAAAAGUAAAAAAAACCUCUAUGCCAUGUAUACUAUUGCCAUGUCGUUUGACAAUGUUUUCCCUUUUCAAUUAUAUUUUAGAAUUGUUGGCAUUAUCUCCAUUAAAUUCAACCAAUUCCAAUUUGUCUUGCAAAUGCAGCCACCUCAAGGGAUUGUUGUAUAAAACACAAUUUGUAAAGGCAAAAUUUACACUUAGCUCUUGGUUACCAGAGUAAAAAUAUUUGAAGACAUUUAUAAGUUGUUUUUCUUAUUCUAAACAUGUCUCUCGCUAAAAUAGUUUUAGAUCACAGUGCAGUAUAGGUGUAUAUAGUAUAUAGGUAGCCUACAGUGUACAACCACAACAAUGUAGGAAAAUAAAGGACAAGAAAACACCAGACCUAAAAGUGACAAUGAACUAUGCCUUAAAUAGUUUGCUCUCUGACCUCUGCAGUGUAAUAACCAGUGCAAUGUCAUAAAUGUCCUUCAAUUCCGAUGUCAUAGCGCUAGUUUCAAUUUUUGAAGUUAUAUAUUAAUGCAUGGACAUGAGGAGAGGCCAGCAGUCAUGUGGUUGCUAAUCUCCCAGUAAGCUAUGGGCUUCAUCCAAGUCCCACAACAAGCAGCAUCACACAGACAGCAAACAAAAGCAUGUAAAUGCUUCAAGCACCAAUCAAAUCAGGUUUCAGGUCCAGCUUUCAGUAAUACAUGGGUUUAAUAAAUAAAACAGUUCCAAGGUUACUGUGAAGUCCAAGAGAAGAAUCCAGAAGACAAAACAGAAGAUUCCUAUUUUUUUGUUAUGUUUUUUGUGUGAUUUCUGGAUGACAAGGCCACGUCUGUGUGGCAAAUCUCUAACCACAGCACUGCCUACAUAAGCUAAUAUCAAUAUUGUACAUCAAUGUUACAACUGCUCAGCGACUCUACACACUCUGUCUUCGCCAGCCAAUACCAAGUCAUUUAACCUAUCCCAAGCCUCCCCACUACCGACACACAUGCACUCUUAAAAAAACAUAUACAUGCGUAAAUACAGUAGGUGCACAGUAGGUGUGUAGGGACUUUUUGAAGUAGGGACUUCACCUUGAACAUCUGACAGGCCAUAAAUCACACAAACCUGCCAGUGUUACAUUUUGGUGCAACGAUUACAGACUGCAUUGCAUGUUGAUAAGGGGAGGGAACACUUCCAACAUACAUGGGUUAAAGUUCUAUUUCUCACCUCCCAACCCUGAAUAUCAACCACUCCACUUGUCUGUUGUGAUGUACUUACAAAGGCAUAUCAAGUCUCUUGUAUGUUUUUUGUGUCGUUGGUACUUUUGUCUUGAUUUACAUGGGUUUACAGGUCUACGGUAGAUGCACUCUGGUUAAUAAAAAUGUCUGUAUCAAAGUAUAGUUUUUGAAAAGCAA